AGAUCUUGACGAUAUCAAAAGGUUUUUGUGCAGACCAUAAAUACUCUCCAAGUGCCCUCAGCAUGAGAGGUUUGGUUCUUAUUCCGCACCACGCUUGCUUGAAACUUGCUGCCAUCUUGUAAUCCCCCAACCCUAGCCUCCCCAGUAACAUCGGCGCCUCAUCCUCUAAAAUGCAGACCAAGAUCCUAGUUUCAGCCAUGCUGGCUACCCUUGCCACGGCUCAGACCCUCAACAUUCCCACCCGCAGCGGUUCCAUCGUCUCUCUCUCCGCUCCCUCCGUGAUCUCGGGAUCCAAGGACUUUGGCAACAAGGAGUUCGACCGCGGUCGCCCUUGCGACACUGAUGAUGACACUGGCAGUGAGUCUGCAGUAUUCAUCCUCGAGAACGGCGCCACCCUGAGCAACGUCAUUAUUGGCGCCAACCAGCUCGAGGGUGUUCACUGCAAGGCUGCCUGCACCCUGAAGAACGUCUGGUUCCGUGACGUCUGCGAGGACGCCAUCUCCGCCCUCGGCACAGGCAACGUCCUCAUCCAGGGCGGCGGCGCCCAGAACGCUAUCGACAAGGUCGUUCAGCACAAUGGCCGCGGCACCGUCACCAUCGACGGCUUCACCGUUGUCACCGCUGGCAAGCUGUACCGCGGCUGCGGUGACUGCACCAACAACGGCGGUCCCCGCAACGUCGUCAUCAAGAAUGUCAAGGCCAAAAACGUCAAGGAACUUGUCGGUAUCAACUCCAACUACGGCGACGUUGCCACUAUCUCCGGCACCUGCGGCUCCAGCGUCCCCAAGGUCUGCCAAGAGUACAAGGGUGUCAACAAGGGCAGCGGCAGCAGCACCAAGGUCACCACCACGGCCAACUGCAAGGGAUACAUGCACCUCUUUCCUGAACCCUCAAAAGACUACGCUCUUCAGAGCCUGAUGGGCUCCCAAAUCAGUUUCGGGCCUGGUGCCGAGAUCAUGAGGUUUUCCCUCCCCAACGACUUCACAGCCAUCCGAAUCUGGAACAUCGACGAGGAAGCCCCAGGCCCGUCCUUCUGGGAAAAUCUCAAGGCGUUUUCAGGCUAUGAUGCCCACCAGCACAAGGAAAUCGCCAGGUAUGGCACAGUCGAGGGCGUCCGCUACAUUGACGUGGUCCUUGAGGACGCCCACUUCGCCCAGAAUAUCUGCCAGGGCUUCCGUGAGCUCGACCGCGAGAUGGGCACAACCCGCUCGCAGGACCUCGAGCGGAUCCCCUCCUACGUCAGCUGGCGCCCCGAGCAGCACGUCGGCUUCACCGAAGCCCGCACUGUUCGCCUGACGUGGAACAAGCCGCGAAAGAACGCACACCUUAUAUUUUUCGACCGUUACAAGGCGGAGCAACUUACACAGCUCUGGCACGAAGGGCAGAUCGACCUCUUUGGCGGCAGCGUACACGACGAGCCGCUUCCCUUGCAGAAUUCGGGGUACGCGGUCCGGCUGAGGGGGCUCCCACUCAACGUCACCCAAAAAGAUAUCAGGAGCCGGAUUCCCAAAGAUCUCAUGCCCAACAGCAUCAUAUGCGGCCCCGAGGGGGUCUACGGCAACAAGGAAAAGUGCAAUGACUUAACUACACUCAAGAAUCUGCUGGACACCAUCGGGUGGUCCACCGUCGAGCUGCUCCCUGAGGCAGAUGUCCCAGAAGGCAUGGUGUGUGCGACAGCGCGCUUCGAUUUCGAGGAGGACGCCCGGCGCGCCGUCGGAAAGCUGGACCUCACCGCUCAAAGCUUCGUUCGCUACGGCAUCCUCAAGGCGUCUUCCCUCUACACGGCGAUAUUCUGUGUCCCCAAACGGUGGAUGUCCGACCCCCUGUUGCAGUCUGUCAUAAAGAGGUACUCCAUGAUCAGCUUCAAGAUGACCAGCAGCAGCGACGACGUCAUCAUCAAGAUAGAGAACACGGAUUCAAAGUCCGUGGCCAGCAUCAGGAGGGUCUUCGUGGAGAUCUUUGGCGGCUAUCACCGCAUGACCGAGGAUGAAGAACACCACCAGUUCGAGGAGUGCUGCAGACCCCAAGACAGCGAGGCGGCGGUUUCGAGCGAGUCGGAAUGUCCUGUCUGUACGGGGGAGCCGUCGGAGCCUGUCCGGUCCGCCUGCGGCCACGUCUAUUGCAAGCAAUGCUACGUGCAUAUGGUCGAGUCGAAGGCCAAGUCAGGGACGGAAUCCUCUCUCAAAUGCAUCGGCGGGUACGGGGCCUGCCAGGCGCCGCUCCCCUUGUCCGAGCUCAGGGGCGUCCUCCAGAUGGACGGCUACAGAAAGCUCCUCGAGUCGGUCGCCAAAGCGCACGUCAGGAAGAACCCCUUCAACUACCGCAGCUGCCCGACGCCAAAAUGCCAGCAGCUCUACCGGCCGACGCCCAGAGGUGCCAACAUCAACGCGGUGGCCCGGUGCCCGGACUGCUUCGUCGUGCUGUGCACCGCCUGCCACGAGCCCCACGACGAGACCGUUUCGUGCAAGGGGGCCGAGGAGACCGCCACUACGGAGCUGAUGGCGACCCUCAACAUCAAGGGGUGCCCGCGGUGCAACACCUUCAUCGAGCGCACCGAGGGCUGCAACCACAUUGAGUGCGGGUGCUGCCACGCACACAUCUGCUGGGUCUGCAUGAAGUACUACCUGGACAGCCUGGCGUGUUACGAACACAUGGCGGAGGCGCACGGGGGCGCGUUCGCCGGCAUCCCUGGGUAUGACGUCUACGGCGAGCGAGUCGACGGCCCCAUUGCUGCGCUGCCGCCUGGCGUGGAGGACGAAGACGAUGAGUCCGAAGACGAUGAAGAGGACAUAGAGGAGGGAGAGAUCGUACAGGACAACGAGGGCCGCCGGGGCGGCGGGGUGUUGUUCAGGGCAUGAGCAGAGCGCGCUCUGUCGCACGGAGGUGGGCGUUUAUGGAUAUGGAGAAAAAAGGUUCAAUGACGCAGGGCGUUUUGCUGGAAAUUUGUUGGCGUUGUGGCAUGGUUGAAUGGGUUUUGGAUACCCGGCGAACAAGAAGUCGCCAUGAAGAUCCCAUCAUCAUCUACAUAGAUGCGGGUCUUCACCAAAAAGGCGCAAUACGAUGGGG